AUGGGAACCCGAUGGCAUGAACUGGCGUGCGCCGCUCCGAACGUUACCGUAGACCGGUGUACUAAGAAUAUUCGCUGUCAGUGCUGCAAUUCGUCUCCUCGCCUCGACGAACUCGUUGCAGGUCGCACAGCACUCAAUCCAUGUUCAUCCAUCCCUGCGGACGAAGAAACUGAUGUGCACUUAUUUUGGCCCACUUCCGUGCCUUACACCCGACGUUCCCAAAGCCCAUCGCUUGCUGAUGGUGAGACAACUAUUCGAGAGGGUGAAAGUGCGCCAGACGUUACUCUCCUCCAACAAGCAUGCACAUCUCCAAUCUACACACAUUCCCUUCGGCAGUGUGAAAUCCGUCUCGUUCAUCUCGCAUCGCCGCUCGAAGGUGAUCUGGAAGGCCCAGUGCAUGCGGAGCUCGAAGAGUACAACCAUGACGACUGUCCGGAGUAUGAGACUGUCUCUUACACUUGGGGAGGCGAGGAAGACGACACCACACGUUGCAAGCCAGUAUUCAUAGGUCCUUAUUGGGAUAUUUUGCUGCAGACUAAAAAUUGCUGGGACAAUCUUAUGCUCAUGCGGCCGUCCAGUGGCCAGCGAGUGAUUUGGAUAGACGCCAUCUCAAUAAACCAAAAAAACCAUACCGAGCGAGAAGACCAGGUUGCUAAGAUGGGUCGGAUUUAUGAGGACAGCAUGCGGGUGUUUGUAUUUCUAGGGAAUGAUAUCGUGCAUUCAAUCGGAAAUGGCUCAUACCCAACAAGACGAAAGCUGCAUACACUUCCGCGGGAAGCCGUGGACGGUGACGGGUCAGGCUCCGACCAAACUGGUCUCUUUACCCUCAAUUUUCUUCUCAAGCGGAGAUACUUCAAUCGAAUUUGGGUCGUCCAAGAAUUGAUACUUUCUCCACAAGCAAUCAUUAGGAUCGGCUCGUCCGAGUACAGGAUCGACCCCCAAACAAGCCGUGAUAUCGCAAAGCAAGACCCAAGAUGGAACUGGGACAGCACCGCGGCUCCUUGGCUUCAGCAUGCAGGACAACGAUCUCUGAUGUCAGAAGGCACGAGUAGCUUGCUGGAAAUGAUGAGACUGACUUGGAAAUGCCAGUGUACCGAUCCAAGGGACAAAGUAUUUGGCAUCUUGGGCCUUGACGACUCGGCGAUUCCAGUACGACCGGACUACUCAAUUUCCCUGGAGCAUGUCUUCAUCGGCAUAUUUGCUCAUUGUCUGAUUAAUUUAAAAGACACCAGAGUCCUUUCCUGGGCCUCUGGCAUUCAAGGGGGUAACAAUUAUCUGUCCUGGGUCCCAGCAUGGAAGUCGUCCGCCGCGUUCCCGGAACCAACCGAUACCGCCAGUGACGUCUAUAAACGGUGGUCGUUGGAAUGGAAAAGAGAGUUUGUCCGUCAGAUCGACCGAUAUCGUUUCGACAUGGAAUAUUACACGCGCAAAUUACAAGGCAUUAAGCCUGAACCUGGCGUCUUUCCCAAGAAUAGGAAAUGGAAGGAACGUUACCAGAAAUAUUGGCUCCAAGAAGAUUCACAGGCGCGCAAAGACCGAAUGGCCUGGCAUGACAAUGCUUCUGUGUCCGCCGAGAGUGGGAUAUUAUCCAUUCCUUUGGUUCAUCUCCAAUGCAUCCAAUAUCAACCGAAAUUGGUUAGUCAGAUUGACGGGUUUUCAUGUUAUCGAGUCUCCUCACAGGCUCCUGCUCCUGACGAGGAUUCAGAGUCCUCUAUGUUGCAUGACAAACAAUCAUAUCUCUUUUUCACUUCCCGAACUGCGGACCUGGAUGACUUAACUGCUGCUGGAGGGGAACACCUCUUUAUUCUAGACAAGGGAUCCGCACCGCCCCUCUUCUUGAUCCUUGUCGAGAUCGAAAAGGGAAUAUUUUCUCUAGUGGCUUCCUGCGAAGAUGUUUUCUACACUCACAUAUCU